AUGAAACCAGCCACCACCACUUUGUCCCUUUUGGUGGCCAGCUUUGCCUGUCUGGGCACAGUCACAGUGAUAGACUCUGUGGCGGGAAACUCCAUCAAGGCCGCCCCUUACUUCAUGCCGCUGGACAAUGAUCCGCAGAGCAUCGACGACAUCGUCGCCCACUCUGGCAUCCGCCACUUCAUCUUCGCCUUUGCGCUGGCCACCAACGGCGGCCAGUGUCUGCCGGUGUGGGACGGCGCCAAGGGCCAGCCGGUGGCGGAGGACACGCGCGUCCUGGAGAUGGUCCGCAAGGUGCGCGCCCACGGCGGCGACAUCUCCAUCAGCUUCGGCGGCUACAACGGCGUCGAGCUAGGGCACGCCUGUCACAGCGUCGAGGAGCUGGCCAAGUCCUAUCAGCUGGUCAUUGACAAGUACCAGCUGACGCACGUCGACUUUGACAUUGAGGGAGACGACCUAGGUCCGGAGGAGGAGGAGAAUCGCCGCUUUCAGGCGAUUCAGAUUCUCAAGCGAAACUCCAAGGCGGCUGGAAAAGAGCUGCACGUGACGCUGACGCUGCCCUGUACGACGGUGGGCCUCAGUUUGCUGGGCAAGGAUGAGAUUAAGCGGGCGAUUGCCGUGCAGCCCGAUUUGAUUGACCUCUACAAGAUUAUGGCUUUUGACUACGGCGGCCAAGGGGCGAGCAUGGCAGCCGACGUAGAGCACAUCAUGGAGAUGGUCCAUGAACAGCUGAAGACGUUGCGCACAGACCUGAAAUCUGAUGCCGAAGUGUACGCAGCCACCGGAAUGAUUCUGAUGAACGGGCACACCGAUCAGGCGUUUGAGCUCUUCACGCUGGACACUUUCAGCAAGCUGUUGGAGUACGCGCAGGCAAAGAAACUGGGUCGCCUUUCCUACUGGUCGCUCAACCGCGAUCGCCCCUGUCCAGAAGGCAAAACUCUUGGCUGGGCCGCUGGCAUCUGCAGCUCCAUUCCUCAGCAACCGUGGGAGUUCACCAAAAUUAUCGCCAAGUUUGACCCAUCUAACGGAAAUCCGAACCAUCAAACAGAUGCCCCUCGAACUACCCCCACUGACACGCCCACCGUCACCACUGCCCACUCCUCAAACACUAACACCGAAUCGCCG